CUCCGUCCUCCUCCUCCGCCACCUCACCAUGCACGCCUUCUCCUCCGCCACCCUCGAAGCCUCUCUUUGCCACCUCCCUGCCCCCGACCUCGCCAUGUCGCCACCACUUCUUGCAUCCUUCCCUCAUUUCAUAUCUUCCCACUCCUCCUCCUUCUCCUCGCUCCUCGCGAGCGACCUGGUCCCGAUGCUAGAGUCACCGGGGCUCUUACCCUCAGAGCUCAGUUAUAGUUGUAGUAGUGGACCUUGUAGUAGCUACGGGUCUCCGACAUCAAAACCUCAACGGAGUAUGAGACACAGACCAAACGUUCAGAUUUCAACGUUGUUUGACUUAGAAAGUUCCGUGAGAAGGGCUUACAGCUUCAAUGAUUUGCAGGGAAGAACAGAAAUGGCAAGCUCGAGUGAAAGCAGUUUGAUAAUAGAAGGAAUGAGUACCAAAGCAUGUCGGUAUAGCCCCGAAGAAAAAAGACAAAGAAUCGAGAAGUAUAAAACCAAGAGAAAUCAGAGGAAUUUUAAUAAGAAAAUUAAGUAUGAAUGCAGGAAGACAUUGGCGGAUAGUAGAAGGCGAAUAAGAGGGAGGUUUGCGAGAAAUGAAGAAGUUGAGAAUAGUAACUCGACCAGCUCGCCGACAGAGACAUGGAGCUGCUACGACAAUGCCACGGCGGAGGAAGUCGGCCAAGACGAUGGCUCAUGGAUCACCUUUCUUGAUUCCUACUCGGUUCGACAAUUAAACAGAAGAAAAGAAAUCGAGCAAUCGACCGUUAAGAUGAUAGGAAUACCUUAUCCGACUUUGUAAAUUAAAUUCCACGGUUGAAUGAAUUGUCGUACGAA